AUGGCGAUGGCAAGGCAAGUGCUUUGUGUGUGUGCUUUGCUCUCCCUGGCGCUCGCUCGCUCGCAGCCCAUCCGCUACUCCGUGGCCGAGGAGGCGGACAGCGGCUCCCUCGUAGGCAACCUGGCGCAGGACGCGGCGCUGCCGCCGGCGCAGCUCUCGGCUCGCCGCGCCCGCCUGCUGGCCGAGGACGGCCGGCAGCACUUUCGCCUCGACCGCGCCAGCGGCCGCCUCGUCGUGGCCGACAGGCUCGACCGGGAGCAGCUGUGCGCCCACUCCGACACCUGCACGCUCGCCUUCGAGCUGCUGCUGGCCGACCCGCUGCAGUUCUUUCGGGUCGAGGUGGCCCUGCAAGACAUCAAUGACCAUUCGCCCGUUUUCCCCGAAGAUAAAGUCACUUUUGACAUCCCAGAAACGAGCGAGCCUGGCUCUCGUUUCCCAUUGGAGGUUGCUCAGGACCUUGAUGUUGGCAGCAACAGCAUCCAGGCAUACAGCAUCUCUCCCGAGAACGAGUAUUUUAGUGUCUCCUAUGGAAGUCGGAUUAAUGGCGACAAAUAUAUUGAACUGGUCUUGGAAAAGCCUCUAGACAGAGAAGAGCAGGCAGAGAUGGAUUUCAGCCUCACUGCUGUGGAUGGGGGUUCUCCUCCCAAAAGUGGGACCACCCAAAUUCACAUUACAGUUCUGGAUGUCAAUGACAACGCUCCCGUCUUCACACAGGAUCGUUACACUGUGCAGGUUUUGGAAACUGCAUCAAAGGGCUCUGUGGUUAUGACGGUAUUGGCAUCUGACCAGGAUGCGGGAGUUAAUGGGGAGAUAUCAUAUCAGUUCAGCCAAGCAAUGAGCCAGAGAGACUUAGCAUUUGAGAUUGAUGCCAUUACAGGUGAAAUUAAACUCACAAAGCCUCUGGACUUUGAGGUAGCACAGGCUCACGAGCUCAGUGUGAGAGCCAGAGACGGAGGGGGCCUUUCAGCAAUCUGCAAAGUGUUGGUGGAGGUGUUGGAUGUGAAUGACAAUGCCCCGGAGCUGGUGGUCAGUUCCUUCAGCAGUCCCCUCGCCGAGAACUCAGCGCCCGGCACGGUCGUUGCCCUCUUCACUGUCAGGGACCGCGAUGCCGGGGCCAACGGCAAGGUCUCCUGUGCCCUCGACGAUCAGCUCGUCUUCUCCCUGCGCCCAGCCUACAAGAAUUACUAUGAGCUGGUGACCGUCAGUGCCCUGGACCGCGAGGAGACGGCUCAGUACAUGGUGACGGUG